GUUCGCGUUCGAGCACGUCGGGUCCGUGUUCCUGCAACUGCCGACAUCAUGGUGAGACCGACGGAGACGAUGGGAAUCCGGUCGAGGAGCAGGAGGGCGGGCAUCCGGCAGUACUUCGGCGCACUCGUGAAGGUACUCUUCCUUCUCCUGGCGCUCGUCUUCGUGGUCGACAAGGUCGUGUUUCGCCUGGCGGCGAGCGAGUCGUCCGCGCCGCGUCCGACGGUGCCGGACUGGAGAGUGGAGAGGCUCAAGGCCGCGUUCCCGCGACUGGCGACGGACGAGAGCGGCGACUAUGCGGUCAUGGAGAACGCGGUCGUGGCGGACGCCGCGGUCGUCCGGGAUGACGUCACUUGGGUCACGCAGUGCUCCGUGGAUCAUCUGCAUCGGAUCGCACCGCUCGCGACGGCUUGGAAGGUCUGUUUU